AUGGGAAAAACUGCUGGUCUUAUGGGAAUUAUGAGAUGUAUUGACCGAAGAAUUUCAUUAUCCAAGACUUCAAACAUGCAUGCCAUUGCAACAUUAGUUCACUCCCUGGUACCUGCGGCGGUAGCGCAACGCCUGCCUCAAAAUGGAUAUCUAGAAUCUGUGAUUCAUGAAAGGUUUAAAAGAGUAAGCAUCACGUGGAAUCAUGCAGCCACCAACGUUGCUAUUGCAGGUUCAUGGGACAACUGGGAGACCACGGAGCUCCUGCAGAGAGUAGGUCAAAGUUUUGUGCUUGUUAAAACACUCCCAUUAGGUGUCUAUCAUUACCGUUUCAUUGUAGAUGGCUACUUGACACAUGCUCCAGAGUUCCCAUCGGCUUCUGAUGAUUCAGGUUAUGGCUACAAUAUAUUGGAUUUGCAGGAUUAUAUCCCAGAACAAGCCCCCACCAGAAUUACCACCACAACUACCACUGUCAACGACACAUGA